AUGAGUAAUAAUGAUGAACUUCAUAAUUAUGAAGGUUUAUUAUUAACUUCAGCUUCAUCUAAUAAACGUUCAUUAACAAAUCAAUUUGUUGAUUGUGUAAAAAAAACUAAAUAUUUUGUUCCUUGUACAUUAUUAUCACCAUCAAAAACAAUGAAUGAUCAAAUAAUAAAAGAUACUCAAAAACUUCAACCAAAAAAACCUAUUGAACAACAACCAAAACGAGGUUCAUUAUGUAUUGCGUAUUCAAUCUCAAAUGAUGAGCAUACUAAUAAUUCAAUUUUAACAUUACAUGUUAUACGUGCAAGACAAUUAUCAAUUGUAGAUUCCGAUAAAAUUAAUACAUUUGUUAAAGUUAAAUAUUCUCAUCAUUUUGAACAAUGUUCAAAAAUUAUUCAUGGAACUAAUUCACCUAUUUAUGAUGAAAAAUUUCAUAUACCUUUAAAUAAAAAUAAUUUAUCAACACCAUCAAAACGUUUGACAAUCUCUGUUUAUAAUCAAUCCAUAUCAAACAAUAAAAGUGAUUUAAUCGGUUGUAUGUCAUUUAAUAUGAAGACACUUCUUAAAACAACUAGUUGCAUAAAGACUUCAUCAAAAUAUAAAUGGUAUUGUCUAUUACCGGAAUCAAUUGGACGACAUAAAUGUAUGGCUUUAAAUGUAGAUACUUCUUCAUCUUUACAUAGUAAAAAAAUUGCAACAUUAAAGAAGCCACAUUCAUCUCAAAAUUAUAAUCAAUCAAAUGGACUUGUGUUCAAGGUUGAUAUAUAUGAUCGUGAUGAAAUUCAAUUUUCGUCUGGAUUUCCAUGUAAAAUAAGUGAAAUAAAAUCAAGUAUGAGUUCAACUUCUACACGACCUAUGCCUGGUGAUAUACUUUUACAAGUUAAUGAUAUUAAUGUUUCACGAACACAAGCUAAAGCUGUUAAAAAAUUAAUAAAAAGUUUAUCAAUACCGAUAACUCUUCAAUUAUAUCGUCUUAUAAUUCCAUCAACAUCAAUUAAAGUUGAUAAAAUUGUUUUAAAUUCUGUUGAACAACAUGAACCAUUAAAUAGAAAUUUAAUAUCAACCAAUUCUUUAUAUUUAUCAUCCGAUAAACAAUGUAAAACAAAAACAUAUGAUUGUUUUAUAUCAAAACCUACUGUAAUGAAUAUUGAUCAUCAGCAAUCUUUACUUAUGUCACCAAUUGAUCGAAAAAUUACAACACAAAGUGAUGGAAGUGAAUCAGGUGUUGGUUCUGAAAGUAAUCCAUAUUCAGAUGGUGAUCAAGAUAAUCGAUUAAAAAUUCUUUCGGAAUCUUACGAACGUGAAGUAUUAAAUUUAAUUGAAAUUGAAAAAGAAUUUAUUAAUCAAAUUGAACUUGGCAUUUUAGCAAUAUCACGCUAUCAAUUAAAUCGCUUACAAUCAUUAUCCGAACGAACAAUAAUAACUCAUAUUGGAAAGAUUUUUCAUGAAAAAGUUCAAUUAAUAUGUGAAGCAUUUAAUCAUUAUAUAUCGGGCUAUUCAGAUGCUUGUUUACAAUUAAAACAAUUAAUAAAAUGUGCUAGUUUUCAAAGAUUUAUUCAUGGAAAUAAUUCAAAUCUAACAAUUGAACAGUUUCUACAGAUACCAUUAACUCAUAUCGAUAAUCUUGUUAAUCAAUUGGAUACAUUAUGUUGUACUUGUGAAAAUGCAAAUGAUGCUAAUUAUCUUUUGCAUGUUCUUAAAGAGUUACGGCAAUGUUCACUACAUGUUUCAUCCAUUGAAUCGUCAACAAGUCAACAUCAUUGUACAACAACAAUGUCAUUGAACAGUGCCAAUGGUAUAUCAUCAUCAUCAUCAAUGAAUAAUUCCGAUGAUAGUGAUAUUAUUGAAUUACAAAAUCGACUUCAAUUUACACAAAAUAUUCAACCUGUUCUAUUAACUGGUCACAAUCGUCACAUUAUUUUUUCGGGUGUACUUUUAUUACAAAAUGAAAAUAAAAAUUAUAUUGAGACUUGGGCUGUUCUCUUAAAUGACAUGCUACUAUUGACCCAAAGAAAUGCAAUCGAUACACGUUUAAAACUGGUUUGUAAUGCGAUUUCGUUAAGUGAUAUUGUUGAUUUUCGAUCAAGUGAUGAACGUCAAGAUGCUUUAAUAUUUCUAUCGAAUAAACCGAAUCUACCAUAUAAAAUUCGUUAUCCAAGUAAAUGUUUACAAUAUGCAUGGCAAACAAUACUUGAACAACGUCUUAAAACUUGGCAACGAUCAAUUCAUGAUGAAUCGUCAUCAGCUGGUUCGGAUAUUGAAUAA